AUGGCCUCCCUUCCUGGAUACCCUACCACGAACCGGUCAAGAUCAUCCGAUGGCGCCACAUCUACAACCCCCCAUGGCGGCUCCACGUUGCAAGAUACCGCCGACGCAAGCAGCUCUCGGGCCGAGGACUCGGAGGAAACAAUCUUGUUGAACAAGGGUUCCUCGACUCCCAGCGAUACAUAUAGCCUGGCCCCCUCCGCCAACAAAUCUCUCAGCCGGUCAACACAUGUCGUUGACGAACCCCGCAAGUGUUGGAUCUGCUAUACAGACGAAACGGAAGACUCGCCGCUGAAUUCGGAGUGGCGCUCGCCAUGUCCCUGCGCCCUGACGGCCCAUGAAGCAUGUCUUUUGGACUGGCUUGCAGAUCUGGAGAACCCUCGGUCGCGCAAGCGCAACGGCGGCGGCGCCACCAAAAUGGUGUGUCCCCAGUGCAAGACGGAGAUUGUGGUCACUCGGCCGCGGAGCUAUGUAGUCGAUACUCUCCGUCUGCUGGAGCGGGUUGCGGGCCGCUUGGUCUUGCCGGGUAUGGUGUUUACAGUCGCAGGCACCGUAUGGGCUGGAUGUUGUGCGCAUGGGAUCUAUUCGAUGUACCUGGUCUUCGGUACGGAGGAGGCAAAGCAAAUUCUCGAGGACAGUGUGGACGGCCCUUGGAAUCCGGGCCUGAAUCUCGGCCUGCCUCUGAUUCCACUGGUCUUGAUCUUCUCCCGCACUCGCUACGCCGAGGGCCUGCUCCCGGCCAUCCCCGUCCUUUUCUUUGCCGCGCACAGUCCCGGGCAAGAACCCGAUUUCGAAUUGUGGCCCCCAACACCUGCUAUGACGUUCGCUGCGUUGCCGUAUGUCAAGAGCUUCUAUGGCGCGCUCUACGAUCGGCUCUUUGGUGGAUUGGAGAGAAAGUGGAUCGCGGAGGUGCAGCCUCGUGCAGCAGAAGAAAUACUGGAUGAUGCUCAGCAGCAGGACCAAGCAGAAGGUCUUAACCGGUUUGGCGAUAAUGGGAAUGGCCAGAUUCUUAUGGAAAUCGACCUUGAAUUGCAAGUGGGAAUGGGCAAUAAUGAUGUGCCACCCGAGGUUGCGGCUCUGCCGGUUGGGGAAGACCAGAACGGCGUCAAUGAGGGCAUCCAAGCAGGACAAGGACAACAAGAUGAUAAUGAGCUGGGUAUUGGGCUAGGACGGCGGCAAAACGAGAUCAUCCACAAUAGCAACCUCGCCGACAUCGUCCUCGGGGCCCUUGUGUUCCCUGCCAUCUCGGCCUCUAUGGGCGGGCUGAUGAAGUACGUGCUGCCUAAGUCUUGGACGACUCCAUCGCUCUUGGAACGCGGCCGUCCAGGGCUCCUGCAGACCCGAUGGGGUCGCAGCGUUGUUGGCGGCUGUGUCUUCGUGCUCCUCAAGGAUGCUUUGGUGCUCUACUGCCGAUGGAAGUUGGCACAGACACACCGGCGCCGCAAGGUGCAGAACUACGACCGAAAAAAAAGACAUACUGCAGCACGGCGGUAG